UUUAUGUAUAUUAGUUUUUUAAAAAGUAGUAUUGCAUCAAUCAACAGAUUAAUGUGUAGUAGUAAAGCUCUGCCAUUUUUUAUGUAACUAGUGUGUUUGAUACAGGCACAAAGCUAUAAGAAUCAUUAGGGUGCUUGCAAAACAUUUUCAUGCUAUUACAUUGAUUUUUUUUUUGUUUUGAGUUUAUAGAAUUAUGACUUUUUUUUUUCAUUUAAUAAAAUUAAAAUUGUUAAUGGUGGUUAGAAAAGGGGAGGCAGAAAUUAUGAAUUUAAAAAAAAUGUACUGAUGUAAAAGAUUAGUUUAUGUUGUGUACUUGAUCCAGUGGCUAUUUUUUACUUGAUCCAGUGGCUACUUUGUACUUGAUCCAGUGGCUGUUUUGUACUUGAUCCAGUGGCUAUUUUGUACUUGAUCCAGUGGUUAUUUUGUACUUGAUCCAGUUGCUAUUUUGUACUUGAUCCAGUGGCUAUUUUUUACUUGAUCCAGUGGCUAUUUUGUACUUGAUCCAGUGGCUAUUUUGUACUUGAUCCAGUGGCUAUUUUGUACUUGAUCCAGUGGUUAUUCUGUACAUCACUUAUUUGAGGGCUGCUAUUUCCUUGAAGUAUUUUUUUUUUGUGCUGAUAAAUUUGUGCCCCUUUUCAAGAGUUAUAGAUCCUUGCGGAAAUUUGUGUCCCUUUUCAAGAGUUAUAGAUCCUUUGUGUCCCUUUUCAAGAGUUAUAGAUCCUUAUGGAAAUUUGUGUCCCUUUUCAAGAGUUAUAGAUCCUUACGGAAAUUUGUGUCCCUUUUCAAGAGUUAUAGAUUCUUACAGAAAUUUGUGUCCCUUUUCAAGAGUUAUAGAUCCUUACGGACAUUUGUGCCCCUUUUCAAGAGUUAUAGAUCCUUACGGAAAUUUGUGUCCCUUUUCAAGAGUUAUAGAUUCUUACGGAAAUUUGUGUUCCUUUUCAAGAGUUAUAGAUCCUUACGGAAAUUUGUGUCCCUUUUCAAGAGAUAUAGAUCCUUAUGUAAAUUUUGUCCCUUUUCAAGAGUUAUAGAUCCUUAUGUAAAUUUGUGUCCCUUUUCAGGGGUUAUAGAUCCUUACACAGCUUUGUCUUUCAGACCUAUGAUUUAUCGGCCUUGGGUAAUGUAAAUCAAAGAGAUAUUUCCGUCUUUGGACUUGUGAUUCCUAGCAAUGGGCUAAAGCAUAGUUUUUCCCCAAGUGUUUUGUCCUGUCAGGCUGACAAUGUAUUCCUCAUGAACCACCAAUAGAGUUUUAUUUUUCAUGUCUUUUGAGACAAUAACUUAAACAGUUUUUUGCUCACUCCCAUGUUUAAA